GGUGUUACUCGCCAUGAACAUGGAAAAUAAAAUGUCAUCUGUCAUUUGUCUAGUACCACUACCACUUCAAUUUCGCCAUUGACGUUUUUAAAAAAAAUUGCUUGUAAUUGUUAUUCCUGAAAAUACUUUUUCAGAUAAUUUCAAUACAAUAACAAUUUCAAAAUGCCAGAUCACUUAGGAGAAGAUAUGCGAAAGACAAAAGACACAAAGGAUGAACCUGAGAAAGAAAUAAAAUCUUUGGAUGAGGGAGAUAUAGCGCUUUUGAAAACAUAUGGACAAGGACAAUACACAAAAACGAUUAAAACAUGUGAAGAUGACAUUCAAACCAUAAUCAAACGAGUAAAUGAAUUGACUGGUAUCAAAGAGUCAGAUACUGGAUUAGCCCCUCCUGCUUUGUGGGACUUGGCAGCAGAUAAACAGAUUUUGCAAAAUGAGCAACCACUGCAAGUGGCACGCUGUACAAAGAUCAUUAAUGCGGACACUGACGAUCCCAAAUAUAUCAUCAAUGUUAAACAAUUCGCGAAAUUUGUCGUCGAUUUGGCAGAUUCCGUGGCUCCUACAGAUAUUGAGGAGGGUAUGAGAGUUGGUGUUGACCGCAAUAAGUAUCAAAUUCAUAUUCCACUUCCUCCCAAAAUCGACCCUACUGUAACCAUGAUGCAAGUUGAAGAAAAACCUGAUGUAACCUAUAGUGAUGUCGGAGGUUGCAAAGAACAAAUUGAGAAGUUAAGAGAAGUUGUAGAGACACCUUUACUACAUCCUGAAAAGUUCGUCAAGCUUGGUAUUGAGCCACCAAAAGGUGUGCUUCUAUUUGGCCCUCCUGGUACUGGUAAAACUCUAUGCGCUAGGGCCGUAGCAAACCGCACAGAUGCGUGUUUCAUUAGAGUCAUCGGAUCGGAAUUAGUGCAGAAAUAUGUUGGAGAAGGAGCCAGAAUGGUUAGAGAACUUUUUGAAAUGGCCAGAUCUAAGAAGGCUUGCCUCAUUUUCUUUGAUGAAAUAGAUGCUAUUGGAGGAGCAAGGUUCGAUGAUGGAGCUGGAGGUGAUAAUGAGGUUCAGCGAACUAUGUUGGAACUGAUCAAUCAACUGGACGGUUUUGAUCCUCGUGGAAACAUCAAAGUUCUAAUGGCUACCAACCGUCCAGAUACUCUCGACCCAGCCCUAAUGAGACCCGGUCGUCUAGACCGUAAAGUUGAGUUUGGUCUGCCGGAUCUCGAAGGUCGCACACACAUUUUCAAAAUUCACGCCCGUUCUAUGUCCGUCGAAAGAGACAUUCGUUUUGAACUGUUGGCCAGGUUAUGUCCAAAUUCAACUGGUGCUGAAAUAAGGAGUGUCUGUACUGAAGCUGGAAUGUUUGCAAUCAGAGCAAGAAGGAAGGUCGCAACUGAAAAAGAUUUCUUGGAGGCUGUCAAUAAGGUUAUCAAGUCAUAUGCCAAGUUCUCCGCUACACCCAGAUAUAUGACUUAUAAUUAGAUAUUGUGUGAAUUUUUACUCUCAUGGUGGAGUGAGAGAAAGUAAAUCAAGUUUUUGAUAA